CUGUCUAAAGCCUUAGACGUCGUAGUGGUUUUGUCAUGUGAGAAACGCGCUCUUUUGGACGUCCUUAAAAUGCUGGGUGCUAGUUGGUUAGCUGGUUUUGCCCUAACAAAAUUAAGGAUUCUGAAUUUGACUUCGUCGUGUACGAAGGUUGCAGGUGUAAAUGAAAUUUCGAUCCUUCGAUCGUCAUCAGCUUCAAGGUUAACUAGUCAAGUUAGCAAAGCUAUGACUACUAAAUCUUCAAAGCCUCCGAACAUCCUUAUAUAUACUGGAACUUAUGACACAGAAGGCAGGAGGUUCACUGAAGUUAAGAGGGCACUGUCACAAGUUAUAAAUCUGCAUAGCUAUGUAAUAUACAGAAUUUAUGAACAACAGCUCACCACCCAUCCAUGGGUCGAAAACACUGCUCUAUUGGUUCUAGGAAAUAGUGACUCAGUGUCAUCAAAAGUUCAAGAAGUGUUUUUGAAGUAUCUUAAAUGUGGAGGACAGAUUCUAAGCCUGUGUAGUCCAUUUACGUGUCAAGUUGUCAAAAAGCCCUUGGAUGAAUACCAAGAGCCUUUCAUUGGAUCCUUCAGAACAAAUCAAGAGGUAGUCUCUGAAGUGAAGCUCCAUUUCUCUGCACUUUGUCAGCCUUAUUAUUUUGAAGGUGAGAGAGUGAAUAUUAUUGCAGAAGAAGAAACUUCACAGCGACCAGUUAUCAUUCAGAUCUCCGAAGGUUCUGGCAAUGCUGUGUUUAGCCUUGUUCAUUUAGAGUCACUUGCUGAUAAUGGAAAAUUAGUCAGUCUUGAGCAAGACACACAGAACUUAAAAAGCUUGAGAGAAUCCAGUGAUGCCAGAAGGAAGAUGUUGCUGCAUAUUUUAAAACUACUAAAAUUAAGUUUUAAGCCUCUGAAAGUGCCAGAACUGACUCCACUAUUCCUUCUUGGAAAUGAAUUGGAUAAACAAAAACUUAUGCAGUCUUUAAGAUCAUCACUGGAGGAUGGCAUCUGUAAAGGAAACCAGCUCUCACUACACUUUGUGGCAAGUGAUGAAAUGCAUAUUCCAAAUGUCACAGAGGAGAAAUUACCAGUUAUCUGUCAUGAGGAAAACUCUAAGGCUGUUUCUUUUAACUGGAGCACCUACCAGAAAUACUUAAAAACUAAAGUUUUGGGAAAAGUUGUCUUCUACACUGAUGUAAUCACAUCCACACAAACAAUCUUUGAUGGGAAUUAUACCUUUACUUCAAAUAUCCCUGAAGAUGUGGGGAUGGUUGUUGUUGCAGGACAGCAAGUUAAAGGCCAGGGCCGAGGUGGAAAUGUGUGGCUGUCUCCAUCUGGUUGUUUAAUGUUUUCCCUUCAUGUUAAAAUUCCAUUUGCAUCCAACCUUGGUAGAAGACCACCCUACCUACAGCACAUUGCUUCACUGGCUGCUGUGGAGGCAAUCACAUCUCAACCAGGAUAUGAAGAUAUCAACAUCCGCCUCAAAUGGCCAAAUGAUGUUUAUUUUGGCAAUAAGAUUAAAAUUGGAGGUGUUAUUGUGACAUCAUCAGCAACAGAUAACAUGCUGAGUGCUGUGAUGGGAAUGGGAAUUAACAUCAGCAACACAGAACCUACCAUCAGUGUUAAUGAGAUCAUUUCACAGUAUAAUAGUGAUCGUGGGACUGACCUAAAGCAGCUGACUAUGGAAGAGAUGCUGGCAAGAACAGUCAACAAAAUAGAAGCCCUUAUUGAGGACUUCCAGGAGAAUGGUUCUGCACCUUUUCUGAAAAAAUACUACAACCGCUGGCUUCAUAGUGAAGUGACUGUUAACCUGUCAGUGAAUGACAUGAAAGACAAGGAGGAAGUGAUGAUAAUAGGACUUGAUGAAUUUGGUUUCUUAUUAGUGCAAACCAAGUCUGGUAAAUUAUUAUCAGUACAACCAGAUGGAAACACUUUUGACAUGCUGAAAAAUCUAAUUGCCAUGAAAAAUGGCUAGCAACAUCAAUCAACUUUAGGCUUGUACUUCUUUUUUAAAAUUACAAUUGUUUGAUAGUUGAAAUUUUACAAGAUUUACUGUGCUAGAUGGGAGAAGCACCUUGGAUUUCAAGAGACAGUGAUGUGCCAUAAAACAAGAUGUAUUAAAUUUAUUAACACCUUUAAACUUGGCUCACCAAGAUUGUGUUCAAAAACAAAUAACUCAUUAAAAAAGGUUCUCUGUUAGACCCUUUAGAAUUAAAUUUAGUAGACUAAUUUUUAGUUUGUUUGACCCAUCUAUAGUAUUUUUCUAGUCAUGUAAGCUGUGAUAGUUGAGUAUAUUUACAUACAGCUCUAGGUUUUUUUUCAAAUUUUAUACACUUCAAAAAUAUGGAAUAAAUAUGUAUGAAUUCAAAGUAAUAUAAGCUGCAGUUCUCAAAUUCUAGGUAUUCAGCUGAAUGAAGUUAUUUAAAUAUAUAAAAUCGAUCCUUCUUACAAUUUGAAAACUUUUUAAUUAAGAGAAAUUGUUAAAGAGAAAAAUUAAGGCUACUUCUGAGCCCUUGCUUGGAAUUGAGUUAAAUCAUUUGCUUAAGCAUGACAGGCUUUGUGCAUCUGAAGGAACAGCCUGUUUUGUUGUAACAUGUGAUGUACUUGCUUCAGAGUCUUGCUUUCAUGUACUAUACAUACUUGUGUCAGUACUUUUAGGAAUAAACUCACUGAGGUUUCAUAGCUAUUUUAGGUCUGCCAAGGAAUAUGCUAUGGCAG